UACCCGAACGUCGGGAGGGAUAGAGACUGUGUUUGAAAUUCAUACGUUUCUAGCCUGGUUGCAAUCUCUGAACCAGAAUUGUUUGUUAACUAGGAGUGGCGCACCAUGCAAGAGACAGAGACACGGCAUUAACAAGAGAUGAGCACAGGCUGUAAACGUCAGGAAACAGUGUUGGAAGCAGGCAGACAGUCGGGGUUAUCCGACAGAUGGAAUACCUGGAUAGGUCGCAAGUCAGGUCCUAGAAGCAAGGCCCUAAAUUGCCCUCGUCUCACUUAUAUAGGAACAGCCAGUUGUUAACUGUAAACAAGCCAACUCUUCACAGCGGAGCUCUCUACACCUGGGGAUAAUGAAGGUAUAAAGCGCUGUUGACGUAGAAUACGGCCAAGAUGCGGGUCUUUAUUUGUUUAACAUGGCUGACAUUUUUAACAAAUGUCCAAUCCGUGCCGGCGUGGUAUAAAUCACCGAGGGAGGCAAUACUGGCCACAGAGAGACGGCAGUCCAUCGGGGCGAUGCUGACUCUCACCUCUGAAGAGGAAGCUGUCAACAAAAUAAUAAUGGCGGCCAAACAGACGGAGAUCAACAGUGCCAUCUAUGACCACAGCAACUUCAUUCCCGCAGUCCACUUCUUCCAAGGCCGACACCUAAUGGAACAAAGCAAGGUAUUCAAGAUUAUACAGCAAAUGCCCAAAGGUGCUGCUCUACAUUUACACUACGGCUCCAUUACAAGCAGUGACUGGCUGGUGAAGAACGUCACAUAUCGUCCCGACUGUUACGUGUGUGUGAAGCAGAAAGUUAUCACUCAGACCGGGUUUUAUGUUACACCUCCGUCAGAUAAAGAUUGCAAAUGGCUUCGGAUUUCAGCUGAACGUGCCAAGAGCAAAGAUAUUACCGAAUUCGACCAGUGGUUAUACAACAAUCUGACUCUAACGGUAGACAACCCGGAAGUUGCAUACCCAAAUAUUAACGUCAUCUGGCGUCGAUUUAAACAGUAUUUCAAAACAGUUCAUGGACUCCUCAACAACGCGCCUGUGAUGAAGGAUGCUCUCUACGAGACACUGAGAGAGUUCCACGUGGAUGGCGUGCAGUACCUGGAGAUCCGUAUUGGUCUUAUACGUCCGUAUGAAGUAAACGGGACAACCCAUGAUCCCACGUGGUUCGUUGAGACUUUCCGUGACGUUGUCAACCAGUUUAAACAAGAUUAUCCGGACUUUUCUGGCGCCAAAUUGAUCUUAGCUGGACGAAAGGUAAAUCGUGCUAGUGCAAUACUGCAAGAUGUCAAAGUAGUCACGGACCUGGUAAAAAGAUUCCCGGACGUUAUCCUGGGAUACGAUCUUGUCCAACAGGAAGACGUCACCCACACCUUGCUGUAUUAUAUAUCAGAUCUUCUGUACCCAGAAUCUCACUCGAGUAAUCUCCCCUACUUCUUCCAUGCAGGGGAAACAGACUGGCUCGACAUCCACGACAAUAACCUCAUCGACGCCAUCCUCCUCAACACAUCAAGGAUCGGACAUGGCUUCGCUAUUCCGAAACACCCAGAGGUGAUGAGGCUAAUCAAGGAGAGGAACAUCCCGAUAGAGGUCAACCCUAUCUCUAACCAGGUACUGAAGCUCGUCUCUGAUUUGAGAAACCAUCCGGCGGCCAUCUUGAUCUCUCAGGAUUUUCCAGUGUGCAUCAGUUCGGAUGACCCGGCGCCCUGGGAGGCCCUUCCACUGUCACAUGACUUCUACAUGGCGUUCAUGGCUCUAGCUGCAUCGGAUGAUGACCUCAGGUUUCUCAAACAACUGGCAAUCAACUCCAUGAACUUCAGUGGAAUGACGAGCCAGGAGAAAGCCUCAGCACUUCGGCUAUGGGAAACGAAAUGGAACUCAUUCCUCAAACACGUUCUUCGCUCGCAUACCACGCCCAUUGUAGGGUAGCAUGACUGUGACAUGCCGUAGUGUUACUAUGUGUCUUGUCAUAGUGUUACAUUGUGUCAUGCCGUAGUGUUACUAUGUGUCUUGUCAUAGUGUUACAUUGUGUCAUGCCGUAGUGUUACCAUGUGUCUUGUCAUUGUGUUACAUUGUGUCAUGCCGUAGUGUUACUAUGUGUCUUGUCAUAGUGUUACAUUGUGUCAUGCCGUAGUGUUACUAUGUGUCUUGUCAUAGUGUUACAUUGUGUCAUGCCGUAGUGUUACCAUGUGUCUUGUCAUAGUGUUACAUUGUGUCAUGUCGUAGUGUUACUAUGUGUUUUGUCAUAGUGUUACAUUGUGUCAUGCCGUAGUGUUACUAUGUGUCUUGUCAUAGUGUUACAUUGUGUCAUGCCGUAGUGUUACCAUGUGUCUUGUCAUAGUGUUACAUUGUGUCAUGCCGUAGUGUUACUAUGUGUUUUGUCAUAGUGUUACCAUGUGUCAUGCCGUAGUGUUACCAUGUGUCUUGUCAUAGUGUUACAUUGUGUCAUGCUGUAGUGUUACUAUGUGUUUUGUCAUAGUGUUACAUUGUGUCAUGUCGUAGUGUUACUAUGUGUCUUGUCAUAGUGUUACAUUGUGUCAUGCCGUAGUGUUACCAUGUGUCUUGUCAUAGUGUUACAUUGUGUCAUGCCGUAGUGUUAUCAUGUGUCUUGUCAUAGUGUUACAUUGUGUCAUGCCGUAGUGUUACCAUGUGUCUUGUCAUAGUGUUACAUUUUGUCAUGCCGUAGUGUUACCAUGUGUCUUGUCAUAGUGUUACAUUGUGUCAUGCCGUAGUGUUACCAUGUGUAAUGUCAUAGUGUUACAUUUUGUCAUGCCGUAGUGUUACCAUGUGUCUUGUCAGAGUGUUACAUUGUGUCAUGCCAUAGUGUUACCAUGUGUCUUGUCAUAGUGUUACAUUGUGUCAUGCCAUAGUGUUACCAUGUGUCUUGUCAUAGUGUUACAUUGUGUCAUGCCAUAGUGUUACAUUGUGUCUUGUCAUAGUGUUACAUUGUGUCAUGCCAUAGUGUUACCAUGUGUCUUGUCAUAGUGUUACAUUGUGUCAUGCCGUAGUGUAACCAUGUGUCUUGUCAUAGUGUUACAUUGUGUCAUGCCGUAGUGUUACUAUGUGUCAUGCCGUAGUGUUACCAUGUGUCUUGUCAUAGUGUUACAUUGUGUCAUGCCGUAGUGUUACCAUGUGUCAUGCCGUAGUGUUACCAUGUGUUUUGUCAUGGUGUUAUAAUGUGUCAUGCCGUUGUGAUACUAUGUGUCUUGUCAUAGUGUUACAUUGUGUCAUGCCGUAGUGUUACUAUGUGUCUUGUCAUAGUGUUACAUUGUGUCAUGCCGUAGUGUUACCAUGUGUCUUGUCAUUGUGUUACAUUGUGUCAUGCCGUAGUGUUACUAUGUGUCUUGUCAUAGUGUUACAUUGUGUCAUGCCGUAGUGUUACUAUGUGUCUUGUCAUAGUGUUACAUUGUGUCAUGCCGUAGUGUUACCAUGUGUCUUGUCAUAGUGUUACAUUGUGUCAUGUCGUAGUGUUACUAUGUGUUUUGUCAUAGUGUUACAUUGUGUCAUGCCGUAGUGUUACUAUGUGUCUUGUCAUAGUGUUACAUUGUGUCAUGCCGUAGUGUUACCAUGUGUCUUGUCAUAGUGUUACAUUGUGUCAUGCCGUAGUGUUACUAUGUGUUUUGUCAUAGUGUUACCAUGUGUCAUGCCGUAGUGUUACCAUGUGUCUUGUCAUAGUGUUACAUUGUGUCAUGCUGUAGUGUUACUAUGUGUUUUGUCAUAGUGUUACAUUGUGUCAUGUCGUAGUGUUACUAUGUGUCUUGUCAUAGUGUUACAUUGUGUCAUGCCGUAGUGUUACCAUGUGUCUUGUCAUAGUGUUACAUUGUGUCAUGCCGUAGUGUUAUCAUGUGUCUUGUCAUAGUGUUACAUUGUGUCAUGCCGUAGUGUUACCAUGUGUCUUGUCAUAGUGUUACAUUUUGUCAUGCCGUAGUGUUACCAUGUGUCUUGUCAUAGUGUUACAUUGUGUCAUGCCGUAGUGUUACCAUGUGUAAUGUCAUAGUGUUACAUUGUGUCAUGCCUUA